ACUACAAGGUAUAUUAAACAGCUGAUCAAUAAUCCGGCUGUCAAAAAAUUAAAAUUUACAACGCCAGCGCUGAAAAAUAUUUAUAUCUUCAAGUUAAUUAUUGCAAAAUAAUUUAAAAGAAAAUAGUAAAAUUACAUAUUAUUAUGGAUGUUGACAGCGAGCUAACUGAGGGUGUAGGUGCACUGCGUAUGUCUUUGCGUGAACGGCCACGCAAACAACAGUCAGAUCGGCGACUACGCGAGCGCUCCGAAGAUUUGAAGUUCCUAGAGGAUUUCGAUCCUGAAAAAUCAAAUCGAGAAAAGCGCAAACUGAAACGAAAGCUUACGAAUUCACGUUCUACCGUUUACGAUGAAUAUGGUCACAUGCGUCAUAAUGGCAUGGAUAUUUGCGAUUGCUUGGAUGAGAAGUGUCCAGGUUGUUGGUUUGAGUGCAAAAAUUGUGGCUCAACGCGUUGUGGCGUACAGUGUCGUGUGAAUAGAAAACAGUUCGUGGAUGAAAUCACAUUUGAUGGCAAAGAUGUGGUGAUAAAAAAUAAAUUUGUAUUGUAGGUUCAUGAAAGUGGGAUUUUAAAAGAGAAUUGCGUGAUUUUCAUGCAGACUCCGCUGCACAGUUGUACGAGACUGCUUUUUAAUAUUUUAUUUUGCAUUAAAUAUUUAAGUAAUUAUUCUGCGCAUUGAUUUUAUUAAUUGUAAUAUAAGGUUGUAUGUAACUAUAGUGAUUAUGGAAUAAAUUAUAAUACUUUUUCUAUAAAUGUAAUCAUAAAAAAGUCCUAAUAAAUUGAAAUCAAUAGAGGACA